AUAAGAAGAAGAAGGAAAAAAAAAUCGAUGGCGGGGAUGCUAGUGAACAAUAUCCACCUCCCUCAGCCUCCGGUUCUCCGAUCGGCUCUUUCUUCUUCCCGAAGAAGUUCAGUUCGAACCCUAGUUAUGGUUAAAGCUUCCUCUGGACCUUCUGAUUCUGGAGGCUCAGUGUCUACGAAGGCCAGUGACGACACUGGAGGAGGUGUUGUAUUCACUGCUCCUCCUGGUUUCAAGCCACCAGAGCCGAAACGGUUCGCUAUAAAAUCGGGUAAACUCUUCGAUGUCUUGGGUGCUUCCAUUGGUUUGCUUUUCCGAUUCGGCACUGGCGUUUUCGUUUCUGGGUACUCUGCCUCUUUUGUGUCCAAGGAAGAUAUUCCAGCUGAUAAGUAUGCCUUGCGUUUAGGGGGGAUCACGGUAAAGGAGACCUCAAAGCUCGGCCCUCGCCCUGAGAAACCUAUUGAGAUAUAUGAGUUUGAAGGCUGUCCCUUUUGCCGGAAGGUCAGGGAAAUGGUUGCAGUGUUGGAUCUUGAUAUUUUGUACUAUCCCUGUCCAAGAGGGAGUCCAAAUUUCCGUCCCAAGGUUAAACAGAUGGGUGGAAAACAACAGUUUCCAUACAUGGUUGAUCCCAAUACAGGAGUGUCCAUGUACGAAUCAGAUGGAAUCAUCAAAUAUCUAUCUGAGAAAUAUGGAGAUGGAACAGUUCCUUUAAGUCUGUCACUUGGUGCUUUAACGGCUAUAACAGCUGGCUUAGCAAUGAUAGGUCGUGCGGGAAAGGGUAACUUGUACACACCAGCAAAACUCCCACCUAAGCCACUUGAAUUCUGGGCAUAUGAGGGUUCUCCAUUCUGCAAGCUUGUACGUGAAGUUCUUGUAGAACUGGAGUUGCCACACAUUCAGCGCAGCUGUGCUCGCGGUAGCCCCAAACGGCAGGAAUUGCUCGAGAGAGCUGGUCACUUUCAGGUGCCAUACCUGGAAGAUCCAAACACUGGAGUUGCGAUGUUUGAAAGUGCUGAAAUCGUUGAAUAUCUUAAGCAAACUUACGCUGCUUAAGUUUUCUUCUUCCUCACUCUAUACGUAUAGGUACAUCAAAUAUGUGAAAUGUGUAUGAACAGCUACUAACUGCUCCAAGAAUAAACUUGAAGGUCAGUUAUGUGUAGGGUUGAAAUGUGUACUAAGCCAAAUUUUAGUGACAUUAAUUCAAACUCUGAUCGUCCAUC